AUGAAGUUCGGUCACGAAUUCCAAGAGUUCCUGAACCGGGAAGAGUAUUCCGAAUCUUGGCGCAAGGCCGCGGUGCCAUACAGCCAACUCAAGAAAUGUCUAAAGAGCAUACAGCGGGAACUCAGAGAGCUCGGCCUGGAUCCAGAAACGCUGCACCAGUUGCUCGCUACGCAGACUUCUUCCUCCGAGCCAUUUGCUAAAUAUAAAAUUGAAGAAACAACUUCUCUGAGGCCGAAACUGACUGUUCUUGUCGACAUCGAGGAUGGCGUUGCCGUCGAUGCCAGCCUGUCGCCGGCUUCGAGGGCGGUCUUGCGCAGCCUCGCCGCCAGGAGGAGCUCGACUGGGACCGCGCCGCCCGACAGUGCCAUCCCCGCCCGGCAGACAUCCGAUGCGUUACCCGAUCAGGUCCCUGCCGCUCCUCGGGACUCUGCGGCGCUUGUCAAGAGCAGCGACAGGAGGCUGGACCGCAUAGAGGUGCCCCUGUCCUUUGACGGUGAGUUUUUCGACUUGCUACGGCGCGACUUUGACAACAUGGACGAGCUGCAAAAGGAUCAGGAGGGAGCUAUGAGCAACGACAUCGCGGCCCUCGGCGGCAUGUUGUCCGAGCUCACAAAGCCCUCCAGCCUGCUCUCCAAGAGCGACCUGACCAGGUGGCGCGAGAUCUUUGAACUAUACGUCGAUGCCCAGGUCUUCUUUGCCACCCAGGAGAGAGACCACGGCGCAAGAGACAGCGAAAAGGCGCUGGAGCGCCUGGUCUGGUUCCAGAAUCAGAUCGAGAAGCGCGGCUUGCGUGACAAGUUCAAGCUGCCGCAGAGCCAGGAAGCGUACGACAAGUUUCUCAUCCUCAACCGCGACCUCGUCCGAUACCUCAAAUUUCAGGAGUACAACAGGGUUGCCGUGCAAAAAAUACUCAAAAAAUUUGACAAACGAACGGCGCUCGGCGUGUCGCGCACGUUCCCGAAAGCCAUCCAGGCGCGAGGGAUCAUGACGGAAUCGAUGGCCAAGAACGUCUGCGCCGAGAUGUCACAACAGCUGGUCUCGACCGUCCCUCGGAUCGACGACUACACGUGUCCUGUCUGUCUCAGUCUCGCGUGGCUGCCCGUGCGCCUGAAGUGCCGUCAUGUGUUUUGUGUGCGCUGCGUCAUCAAGCUGCAGCGCGAGAGGAAGCGCCACUGUCCUCUCUGCCGCGAGGACGUCGUCAUGCAAGCCGACCUGGACAACCUAGACCACGAUCUCACCAAGUUUCUCGAAAAAUACUUUCGGAAGGAGGCCAAGGAGAAGCAGACGGCCAACGAGAUAGAGCGCGGUAUUGAGCUCUUCGGCCCCAAUUACAAGCAUAACUCCUGUGUCCUCAUGUGA